AUGAGGACGUCCUUGCAAAGCCAGACCGAUUCCGAGCGUUCGAUGGACGCCAAGGCCAACCCCCAACUUCGCGCCAUCAAGUCCGCGAUAAAGAAGCUGCUCACUGCUGCGUCGAGGAGGCAGUACUCGGGACUGGACUUCAAGAAGCAGGCGCACACGACGCACAGGUGCAUCCUGCAUCCACGCUCCAGGUUCAGGAAGUGGUGGGACGGCUUCAUCGUGCUCCUGCUCCUCAUGAACCUGGUGCUGGUCCCUCUGCACCUGGGUUUCUUCCCGACGACGGGCUUUGACUGGGCGCUCUACUCGCUCUUCUCCGACUUCAUGCUCCUCGCAGACAUGCUGCUCAACUUCAGGACCGGCAUCGACGAUCGCAAGCAGGGCAUCGUUAUCAUGAAUCCAGCCGAGAUCAAGCAGAACUACGUGCAAGGAUGGUUCCCCGUGGACCUGUUGAGCAGCCUUCCGCUGGACUUCAUCAUCUGGACGUGGCCGAUACAGUACCACGAAGGCAUCGAUCGCCGCUCCAGGUUGUCGCAGCUCGCCAAGCUCCUCAGCUUCGUCAAGCUUAUCAAGAUCAGCCGGCUCUUCCGAUAUGGAGGCCGCACCGAGCAGAUCAUGUUCUACCAGACGACGGGCGUGUACCUACAGCUGGGCAACAUCCUGGCGCUCAUCUUCCUGGCUGUGCACUGGCACGCCUGUCUGCAGUUCUUCGUCGGCUACCUGAUGGGUUUCCCGCCGGAGUCCUGGAUAUCCAUCGCGAAGUUGCAAGACAAGCCCUGGUGGGAGCAGUACUCAUGGGCUGUGCACAACACGGUGUCGCUCAUGAUGACCAACAGCUACGGCUUGGCACAGAAGACCGGCCUGCUUGUCGAGGAGUGGAUCCAGGUGAUGGGCAUGUUCUUUGGCGCCCUCUGGCAGGCGUUACUCCUGGGCUACGGUGCCAACCUGCUCGCCCACAAGGACUACACCAAGAACGUUCAGAGGGAGAGGGCAAAACACAUGCUUUGGCCCUGCUCGGCGUUGGCCAGCGAUGGUUCUCAAGGUGAACAGUGGUGGCACCGGAUGCUGAACAGUGAAGUGCUGGCGGACCAACUCAGGGCUGUCCAGAUGGCCCGUGUGGCGGCAGAGGGGCUCGACCUCUCUGUCCCGACGUGGACGCGGCCCGCAUCAGUCCGAAACUGA